AUGUGGAUCCAGGUGGGAAACUCCUGUUGGGAACUCUACUGCCUCGAACAUGGCAUCCAGCCCGACGACAUGAUGCCUUCUGACUCCACCUUCGAUGUAACCCACGACGCCUUCAACACAUUCUUCAGUGAAAUUGGAUCUGGCAAGCAUGCCCCCCGUGUUGUCUUUGUCGACCUCGAACCCACUGUCAUCGACGAGGUCCGCUGCGGCACCUACCGCCAACUCUUCCACCCCGAACAACUCAUCUCCGACAAGGAAGACGCCGCCAACAACUUCGCCUGCGGCCACUACACCGUUGGCAAAGAGAUCGUAGAUCUGUGCUUGGAUCGCAUCCAUAAGCUCGUCGACAACUGCACCGGCCUACAAGGCUUCCUCGUCUUCAACGCCGUCGGCGGUGGCAAGUACCCUAGGAUCCACUUCAUGCUUUCAUCCUAUGCUCCGGUUAUCUCUGCCACCAAGUUCUUCCAUGAGCAGUUGUCGGUGCCGGAGAUCACCAAUGCCGUGUUCGAUCCCGCCAGCAUGAUGGCCAAGUGUGAUCCAAGGCACGACAGGUACAUGGCUUGCUGCUUGAUGUACCGUGGUGAUGUUGUCCCUAAGGAUGUCAAUGCUGCUUUUGCCACCAUCAAGACUAAGAGGACUGUCUAG